CUAAAAACCAAGCGUUAAAUAUACAAGAAAAUGGGAGAGUGCAUUUUUCCGAGAUAAGCGAGAGAGAUUGAGAGAGAGAGAGAUUAAAAGACAGACAGAGAGAGAGAGAGAGAGAGAGAGUGCGGGAGACGUUGAAAUCGAGAGAGCAUCUCAAACAUUUGUUGAUUAAAAUGUGUGUCAAUAUUGAAUAACAAAUCGGAUAUCGGAGAAUCGAACUGAUAAUAAUGGCAGAGCCGUUGCACGUGUGAUUGUAGAGCCUUCUCCAAUGCCGCCCCCUUCACACACCCAUGCAUUUAUCUAAUUUUGGAUAUCUUUAUGCGAGGAAAAUCCCGAAAAAUAGACCAGAAUAGAAAGUGCAAACCAAAGGCAAUGCCUAUCGCAGUGACAACAACGGCCGCAUAAACAAAGAAAAGGAAAAAGAACGAGAAUUGCAUGCGAAAUUCUCUGUAAAAUUCACACCUGUCACAACGCAAACUUCACAAAGCGCAAAUCGGAACGAUAGGGAAAAGCAAAAGCAUAGACCCGCAAAAUGCACGGCGUGAAGCGGGUUCUCAUCUUCUGCCUGCUGAUUGUGAUACUGCCGGCCACGCUGAUCAUUAUGCCUUUGCACCUGCGCAAAUCAGUGUUCGCCGAUGUCGUUUAUCCCAUGGCCGAGUCGGAUAUCAUUGAAAUCCGUGCGGGAAUAUCGUCGAUCUUCUGCUCGAAGCACACCCUCAAGAUGACCUCCAAUUUCAAUGCGUUUCAGCUGCGUAACAAACCGGAGAUUUCCACAAAUCGCAAACACAUUCGUCUGAAGAAAUCGAUGACCCUGCCCGACGAUACCCUGGAAUAUUGGGGAUUCUUUCUGCUCAAAGGCGCCAAUGUGAGGGUCAAGUUCUGCUCCCGUUUUGAUGGAUCGCGUAUCCUUAUUGUCAAGGGCCAGCGGCAGCUAAAUCUCUGCGGUCUGACGGACCACAACAAGAACAAACUGGGCGCCAACUAUGCCAAGGGUCACGAGCAAGUCAAGGUCUUCUUUGAGGACAAGAUGGAGAUGGAGGGCCCAUCGCCAGCUGCCGAUGGCGGGGUGCUUGAGCAUGAGAAUCACGGAGGCGAAGACUUGAGUGAGGAACCAUCAGCGCAGCAGCAGCCCUUGGAUCUACCCACUGGCCUGACCCUCUCCGGAUCCACUGCUACCUCCACGAAACCCAUAAGGAAGAAGCUCAAGAAGGGAACACUUCAUCUCCAACAGAUGCCCAUCACGCAUCAUCCUGGCCACGCUUCGACUGGUACACACCACAAUCCCGAUCACACUGCGAGUGGUACACCAGAUCGACCCGAGGCGGAACACAAUUUAGGCGGUAGAGUGGUUGCCCCUGCGCUGCAGAAGCGGCAGCGAAAGCGAGAGCUUUACGAGCGGCUCUACAACCGCACAAAGCGAGAGAAUGUCUACGACAGGAAGUACAGUCACGGCGGAAAUGCCGUCAACUUUACAGAAACGGAUGAGUCCAACUCGGUGUCGAGUUUUGAGAAUGGCCUGUUCCUGUGCUUCAACGGGGCCAUACUCCUGAGUGAUUUCUUCAAGCCAAACGAGAACUGCACAAGUCCACACUUCAUGGAGAGUGCCCCCAACAACAGCGCUCAGGCGGUACAGAAUGUUAUCGAAGAUGGGUACUACUAUUAUAUAUUCUAUAGCGACAAUGACGAGGUGCGGAACGAUAUACACGUCAUAUUCGAUAUAUAUAAGCCGACCUUCCAGUACUCGAACCUGAGUGAGUCGCAGAGUUGCUUGAACACAACGGAAUGCAGCUUCAACAUCAGUUUCCUGUCGGACGAGAUCGUGGUCGUGGAGGUGCCCACCAGGGAUGGCAUCGAGCAUGAGGAGGACGACAUCACCUAUCUGGUCUCCACGUGCCAUCCACGGAGCGAGAUCUAUGCCCUGUUCCCCAUCACGGUGAUGAUUCUCAUACUCUGCUGCUCAUUCCUGUAGGCGACCGCAACAACGCUCCUUGUGACUCCACUUGUGAUAUUUAUAUAUUGAGGUAACUGAGUGAUAUACGAUGAUGUGAGUUUGAUAUGUAUAUGCCGGCCCGAAACUAGAGCUUUUCACAUAGCCAUAGAAUCCAAAAUUGAUUUACGGAAUGAACAGUCUGAACAACAUAAAUGUAUGCAACUUAACAAAUCACUGAAUACGAUCUAUCGACGUAUUUUAAGAGAACAUUUAGUCAAAGACACAAGCAUUUAGGAGUGUAAUAUUACCAGAUGGUAUAGCAUAUAGGGAAAAACUGUAUAUACAAAUAGAUAUUAUAUUAGUACUAGCAUUACUUAUGUUAUUACAACUACAUCAUCAGUUCUCAUCUUAAGAAAGGAUAUUUUAAAGUUUGUCUGAAUCGAAAGUUGAGUAUUUUGUACUUAAUCAAAGUAAAUCAAAU